AUGUGCCAGCCCGGCAGUCCCGAUUCCCUUCUCGCUACACCCCCGAGACCCGAGAUGGCUGCGAACAUCACCACCCCACUCCUCAACCCCGGCGCUAGAGCGCCGCUCAACCCGACCUACAAGCCGACCUUCAAGCCACUAAAUCCUGGUCAGCCCAUCUCAUCGAGCCGCUGCCCCUGUCCCGUGUCUGUGCAUCCGAGCAACGCGCCUCCCGCAGUCCUCAAGCGUGAUGGAACCAAGUGGUCGGCGGAGCCCGGCGACCUCCCGGAAGCCUCCUGGACGGGACCCGGUAUAAAGCCUCGAGCAAUCCGCGCCGUCCUUGCGCCGUACUUGGGCCUGCUCGGCCUCAGCGCUCCCAGCUUCCGCAUCAAGGAGUUCCAGCAUGGUAACUGGAACAAGCUGUACUCCAUCGGCGACGCAAGGCAUCCGGAUAAGUACCUCUUUCGAGUGACGAUGCCAGUCAUGCCCUGGUACAAGACAGAAGCCGAAGUUGCCACCAUGCACUUUGUCCGUCUGCACACGAGGAUCCCAGUACCGCGCGUCGUGAUCUUCGACUCUUCUCCCGACAAUGCCGUCGGAUUCGAGUGGCUCGUGAUGGAGAAGAUGCCCGGAACGCCGUACGAGAAGAUCGAACAGAGGAUGGAUGCUGUCCAGAAAUGUCGGCUCGCUGAGCAGCUGGCCGACUGGCUCGACGAGCUGGGCCAGCUCGAGUUCAAGGGCAUCGGCAGCAUCUACUUUGACUAUUAUGGCAUCGAGGCCGGACUUUGCCAGGUUCCGCAGUCUUUCCGCUUCGGCCCGCCCGUCUUGCAGUGCCUCCUCGGAGACUGGCGCCUCGAGUACGAGUACCCUCGUCAAGCAUACUCCACAAUUCGCGACUUCACCAACGCCCUCAUCCGCGUGUGGGACGCCGAGCUCAAGGAUACGAGACAUUCCGUGCGAGCUGACCUCGAUGAGGCCAAGACCCAGCUUGACGAUCUACUUGAGUCCCGGGAGGAGUCACACUUCUCCCUCAUCUCAGGCCUGCGUCUGCUGUUCGGUAGGCGACACGGGAGGGUCUCCUCGGCCUUGCAGGAGGCAAUUGACGACGCGCAGUCCAGAGUCGACUAUUACCGCGCCGAGCUAAGCAGCUAUCGCGAGAGAGUGGUGGACAUGGAGGCCACCCGCUUCAGCGUCGUCGACAAGGAUGACAUCGCUUCCGCACGGUCUUCACUGCGGAAGGUCAUUCAGGCCUGGAAGAACCACAUAGAGAACGAUAGGGAGCCAGUGACAUCUAUCAUUGAGCACUGGGACAUUGACACGCAGAACAUCUUGGUCGACGAGCACGGGGUGGCAGUCGCCCUGCUCGACUGGGAGCAAAUCCACACAGCCCCUCAUCUACACGCGUGUUUCUUUCCACGCCUCAUGAGCGAAGACUGCGGCUGCUGUUCUACUUCUGCAAGCGAGUACUCGCACUCGUCGUGGCAGGCCAGCCCUGACUGCCGGACCGAUGACGAAGACGGCAUUCCUCGGCGUCGAGCCAAGCUCCCGCUUCGCCUUCGAGCCGUAGCUAGGGACUACCUUUCGAAGGCUUUGCCUAUGUGUGCCCUGGGCUGUCUCGGCGGUGGACGGUCCGUGGAGUCUUAUUCGGAGAGCCGCAGCUCACGCUCCGCCAGUGCCGAGGAGGGCCCAUCGCAUAGGGCCUUAAUGAGGGAUGCCUUCAGGCGCCGCCUCGAGAGUCUCGACUCUCCAUGGCUGGAUAUUCAGCGCGUGCAAGGCGACGAGUCUCUCGCUCACGUUGCGAACAUUGUCGACAUUCUGCAAGGACCGGAUAUUACUGAGAUUAACGGCGUGGAUAUGAGGGGAGUUGCUACUUGCGAUGGCUCGUGCCGGAAUCGAGAGAGAUGGGUAGAAGGCAAUUAG